UAUAUUUGGGGAGCAUUCACGAAGCAGUCUCAUCGCCACGGACAAUCUCCACAACAAACAGCCAGUCAAGAGAAACCCAUUCAACAAACGGUGUGUGUGUGUGGUGCAUUCAAUGUCCGGCAGUGAAACAAAACAGGGCGAUAUAUUGUGCAUUGGCGAAAUCUUCGAAUCGAUCGCCGGUAAAGAUGAGCAGACAUUGGCCCGUACCCUGGAACGAUCGUCCAUCAAAACCAUGCUGUUGUUCGAAUCUGUGUACGGCAUUUCCCCACUGCUGCACUGCGCGCGGACCGGCGACAUGAGUCAUCUCGGAUUGGUGCGCUGUCUGCUGAAGAGUGGCUUGUGUGAUAGUGAGACGGUUGAUAGCAAGGGUCGUACAGUGCUGGCCGGCUUAGUGGGGGCACAUGCGCAAACCGAACGCACUGCUGCUGUCGGCUAUCUCGAGCGGAUGAUCGAAAUCGUCAUCGAAGGAGCCGACGACUCCACCGCCUGCUAUAGGAUGCUGAAGCACAACUCCUUACCACUGUUUAAAGCGUUUCUUUCGCUCAAGCAGUACGACGAGGGUCGGCUGUUCGAAUGCCUUACCUGCGCACUAACGAAGCUAAGAGUAAAACUGUUCAUUUUAGCGGUGGAUUUGGAACUUUUUGUCCUCGGCAUACUAGCUGACUAUGAGUUUCGGCAUUUCUCGGGCAAUUGGACGGGCGGUCGCGGUAAAACGGUUGACGAAUGGAAGGCUCAAGCUGGGGUUGUGAUCGACUGCUGGUCCGUGAUUGGGAAGAGGUACGAUAAUGCGUCGUGUAACGAUAUUGAUAACCGGUUGUUGCAUCGAUUGCUGGUGAUACAUAACCACCUGUACUUUCUGCACUACCUAAACCAAAACCAUCAAAGAAAAUUCCUCGAACAUCUGAGGCUGCGUGAGUUGGUGAAGGUAAAACGCUUUCUCGAGCAGACGGAGCAGAAGUUAAGGGAGAUAAUUGGCGAAUGCCAAAGUACGAUAGUCCACAAAAAAGAAUCGUUGAUCGAGGAGUUGAUGGAGAAAAUGAAGAUAUCAUGUAAAGUGACCAUAUACCAACAGUAUGAAGCGAAAAGGAUCGCAAUCGGAAGUUGCAACCAAAAUCCUGACACGCUCAUAAUAGAAAUGAUAAAAAGAAUAAGGAAGGAAGAUUACGAAUGGGCAAAUUCAAAGUCACACGAGCUAAAAGCACUUCAACAAAGGCAGAAACAAUGGCUCAUUGAACAAUUCGAGGGCAGGUUGAAGUGCAUCAAGCAGCCGCAAAACGUUGCCGAUCGUAUAUUGGCAGAAUUGAAACGGAACCCAGUGGGCAGAAUUGCUGCUACAAUCGUAGCAAGCGAAUCGUUCGAUUUAGAGCAUUUGAUGCGAGGGAAAGAUCGACGCACCAGGCGCAAGCUGAUUAAAUGUUACGGCCAGUUGAGGCAACUGUACUCACUACACAAAAUCUACAUCGUCUUCUCACACGUGUCCAGAGUGCAACCAGCCAACGUGGAAACGUUUCAGGACUGCUUAAAGCGCACCGUCAUGACGCUGGGUGAGAUGCUGAAAAACACCAAAAGUACCCCGAACAUGCCAAACGGUCGGCUGAAGCAGGCCAUGGGAUGCAUGAUUACGCGCCGGUUCGCAGACAUCGUCAUUUCCUUGCGCAACAGCUAUGCGCGACCAUUUUCCCUCUCACAGUUGCUGAUUGACGCAAAUUUGGAACGGCGAGUGUAUAGCUCUCUUCCCCAACAGACAGUCGUCAUAAGGAUGGUAAUGAAUCUGCUCUUUGUCGUGCAGAUGGCAGAGGUGCGGCGCAGCUUCUACGGGAUGUUGAUGCGGUGCGGUUCGCUAGAUGCGUUACGAUCGCUACUGAUCUAUACUAGCAAGCAGGAUGUGUUUUCUACCCCGAUACAGACAGUUUUCGGGCAGGUUACGCAGUAUUUUGCCAAAGCAAAGGGGCUGUUGGCGGAACUGAGUGAAAAUCCUGUUGGUAAUACGGUUGAGUUCUCACAGCUAGAGGACCAAUUCCAAGUCCAGUGUGGUAUUGUGGAUGAGGUGAAGGCGAUGCUAGCAGCCGAAAAAGUGCUCGAUUACGAGAGCUUGCACCAAAAGUGCAUUUCGUGCAACGAUCUACCAACAAUACGGAGGCUGCUGCACUCGAAGAUUAAUGCGUACCGGCCGAAUGCGGUGCUGGAAAGCAUUGGCAACAGAUGGAACGGCAAUGGCUCGAGCAUAUUGCGCGUCCCCGGGAUGGUUGUUCGACUAUCAGGUAUCGAUACCGAACUUGUGUGUAAUGAGCUUGCGCGGAUUGUUGAUGCUACUAGAGAGGCGAAAACAUCUUAUAAAAACCAUACAAGCCAACUGAUCGAAGAUCUUAACAUAAGUGAAGAAGUCGACGAUGUCGAGGGUGUUGAACAGCUAACUGAGCUGCUAGCUCCGUACUACGAGAACAUAUUCUUGCUGGACAAAAAGUGGAGCGUGCUGAGGUCAUUCUGUAAACAGCGACGCUUACCAUGGAAUGAAACGGAUGCACAAAGGCUGCGCCAGCGGGACGAGCAACAGCUGCAGGCAAUGUACGACGAGCGCCACCGCAAACUGCAAACGAUUCUGGCCCGGCCAGACUUUCGACAGGUGGAUCCGGUGCGACGGAAUAUCAUCGUACAGGAAGACAUGAAUGCUACGCUCGAGCAGCUGCAGCUAGAGCUGUGUGCAAUACUGACCGCGGUUGGAUACUUUGGCACCAGCUUUCAGCGCAUCAAACAGGGCAUACCGUUGAUACAGGGCAGAAACUAUCGGAACCUGCUGGCGCACGAUUCGCUCUCCUACAACAUGCUCUCCGACAGUGGGGACGUGAAAAAGACAGUCAAUGCCUUGGUGUUUAACAGGCUGCAGAUUCGGUUAUUUGAAAGCAAGCAAAACGAAUCGAUCGAGCUUCGCUUACCCUCACUAGAGAAUAUGUAUCAAUGGGUGGAGGAGCAACAGCAGCUCCUAGCAUGUGUGCUUGCUGAUGAUCUUACCCAGACACAUGCGAUGAUGCGAUCCGGUGGAGAGAUUAAGGGUUAUUUUUGCUUCACACCGGAUGUAGCGCAGUAUUCGGCUGCAUACUAUUCCAUAGGCCACAAAAUAAAAGCAUACUGUGCUCUUGCUCCAUCCCUGGCAUUAUUGUUUGAUCGCUAUUUUCCGUUUUCGGCAAAUACUGAGUAAUGACGCGGCAUAACUUGUGAUAGAGCGACUUUGAGUUUGACUCAAGUUCGUUGUAGAAGUCAUGUCGUUUUUAAACAAAAAACUGUUUUUAUUUCACACAAAACACAUAAGGCAAGCACGAUCGGGCUCUCUUGAAAUUAGGUGGCCAACACAGGGAUUGGUAACACAGGGUUUCGAUGAUAAUGCCUGAACUCACCAGGACCCUAUGCUAAAUUUGUGGCACGUUUCCCGAACAUUUACAGCUAGACCUGGACAUGCGGUUUAACAAAUUGUUGAUACGUACGUGUGUACAUCAGCAUACGAAAGAUUCAGGAAAGUGUCCCAUAGCCUUAAAACAAAGCGAGAAACCCUGUAAAAGAUAUACAACAAAUAACAAUAUCGCACAUUAUACUAGAAACAAACUGAUCGGAUAUCAUUUUAAACAUUAAAGGUGCUACAAUAAAAUAAAUGGUUGAUCUUAGCACUUUGGCAAGCUUACUUAAGCUUUCUUCAUAGUUGCCUUCUUUUUUUUGUUUCUAAGGAUUUACUGACAUUUUA